CGGCGGAGGUUCCCAGACACCCAGCUCGGCGCCGGCGACCCCCCCAGCGCAGCGCAGCCCACCCGCCCAGCCCCCAGAAGAGGACCCAGCCAUGCUGACCAGCCGCCUCCAGUGCGCCCUGGCCCUGCUCGCCUCGGUGGCCCUGGCGCUCAGCACCGUGGCCGCAGCCCCCUCCGACCCCCGGCUCCGGCAGUUCCUCCAGAAGUCGCUGGCCGCGGCGGCGGGGAAACAGGAACUGGCCAAGUAUUUCCUGGCAGAACUUCUCUCGGAACCGAACCAGGCAGAAAACGAAGCCCUGGAGUCAGACGACAUGUCCCGCGGCGCCGAGCAGGACGAAGUGAGGCUGGAACUGGAAAGAUCGGCCAACUUGAACCCGGCACUGGCGCCCAGGGAACGCAAAGCCGGGUGCAAGAAUUUCUUCUGGAAAACAUUCACCUCCUGUUAGCUUUUGAAAUUUCCUCCUUUCCCUUCCUAUCCCCCUCCCCACUCUUUCUCUUCUUCCCCCCCAGCCCCGAUCAUGUGAGGAGCUGAAGACUGUAAUAUAUAAUACACUGUUAAGGUAAAAAUGGAGAAAAAAAAGACACACAAAAAAGUUUUGAUUUGAAGUUGUUUUAAUAAAAACAUUCUGUUUCAAUUGUACACAAUUUCCCUGAGUGUGUGAUUUUUGACUAAUUCUGAAUGACGCAUCCACACAUUCCCACCCCAUCUUGGUGAGUCACUCUGAUGUACGAUUUUUAAUUCUUUGUUGCAAUAAACUUUAUGUUUCAAAGUGUCAUGGUAA